CGCCAGUUUGUCGUCGUCAUCAUGCGUUUCAGUCGCCCACCGCUUUCUCAAUUGAAUCACUUAAAGAAAUCGUUUUCUUUCAAACGCAAGUGGAUUCUGCAACCCCCUAACGCUCCUAGGAAGUAUGACAGGAGAUUGAAGUCAUCGCCCGAAUGGCCCUCGCCCGAAACAUCAUCGGAAAGCUCACCAUACUCAACAGAACCGCCAAAACGACCGCUAUUAUCAAGGUCACCGCCUGCUGGAUCACCGUCAUCCAAGAGCUCAUCAUGUGGUUCACCAUGGCCAGAGAUACCAAGUUGAGGAUUUCGAAACUGAGGCAAAUGAAGGCUAUGUUGAAUGUAGGUUUCCUAGAUUUCCCAGCAGAAAUCCUCAUAGAAGUACACGGAGCGCUACCAUCAUUGUCUUCUGGGUCUGUCUUGUAGCCGCAGUUGCCCUACAAAUCGGGAUUCUGGUCGCCACCGUGUUCUUUACGAGCACGGAUAACACAGAUUUUGAACCCGAAAGCCCAAGCUUCCCACUCUGUAAGAACAGUCGAUUUCGGGAAUGUUCAGCUGCCACUUCCAACGCUACUAUUUGUACCGAGAUCGAGGCAAUGUUACACAACAACGAACACGCCAGGCUCUUUCUAGACCAAGGGCACCGCCUCAUAGAUAUGCAAUUGAACGACAUGCCGAACGGGGCCUCUCACGUGACGAGCGGAGCGUUAGGAGGUAG